UCUAAAUAGAAUGUAUUGUAAUCUUUGCUCAGUCCAACGUGGUCCCUUCACCCGGGCUCGGCUCUUGCCUUCUCCACACUUGUUUGAUUUAUGAGGAAUCCAAGAUGAACUUGGAGCAGGAGAGGCCGUUUGUCUGCAGUGCCCCAGGCUGCUCCCAGCGGUUCCCGACAGAGGACCAUCUGAUGAUUCACAGGCACAAGCAUGAGAUGACUUUGAAGUUUCCAUCAAUAAAAACAGACAAUAUGCUCUCAGAUCAGACUCCGACACCCACCAGAUUCCUGAAGAACUGUGAGGAGGUGGGUCUCUUCAGCGAGCUUGACUGCUCCUUUGAGCAUGAGUUCAGGAAGGCUCAAGAAGAAGAGAACAGCAAGCGGAAUAUCUCCAUGCAUAAUCCAGUCGGUGGGACGAUGUCGGGGCCUGGAGCUCACCAGCUGGGCAGCACACGGAUGCCCAACCACGACACCAGUGUUGUGAUUCAGCAAGCCAUGCCGUCACCGCAGUCCAGCUCCGUCAUCACACAGGCUCCCUCCACCAACCGCCAGAUCGGGCCUGUCCCAGGCUCUCUAUCAUCUCUGCUCCAUCUCCACAACAGACAGAGGCAGCCCAUGCCGGCCUCCAUGCCUGGGACCCUGCCCAACCCCACCAUGCCAGGAUCUUCUGCCGUCUUGAUGCCCAUGGAGAGACAAAUGUCAGUGAACUCCAGCAUCAUGGGCAUGCAAGGCCCAAACCUCAGCAACCCCUGUGCUUCUCCCCAAGUCCAGCCCAUGCAUUCAGAAGCCAAAAUGAGGUUGAAGGCCGCACUGACUCACCACCCUGCUGCCAUGUCCAAUGGGAACAUGAGCACCAUCGGACACAUGAUGGAGAUGAUGGGCUCCCGGCAAGACCAGACGCCGCACCACCACAUGCACUCACACCCGCAUCAGCACCAGACACUGCCUCCCCACCACCCCUAUCCGCACCAGCACCAGCACCCCGCACACCAUCCCCACCCACAGCCUCACCACCAGCAGAACCACCCGCAUCACCACUCCCAUUCCCACCUUCAUGCACACCCAGCACACCACCAGACCUCGCCACACCCACCCCUGCACACCGGCAACCAAGCACAGGUUUCACCAGCCACACAACAGAUGCAACCAACCCAGACAAUACAACCGCCCCAGCCCACAGGGGGACGCCGGCGAAGGGUGGUGGAUGAGGACCCAGAUGAGAGGCGGAGGAAAUUUCUGGAAAGGAACCGGGCCGCUGCCACCCGUUGCAGACAGAAGAGGAAGGUCUGGGUGAUGUCACUGGAAAAGAAAGCAGAAGAGCUCACCCAGACAAACAUGCAGCUCCAGAAUGAGGUGUCCAUGUUGAAAAAUGAGGUGGCCCAACUGAAACAGCUGUUGCUCACACAUAAAGACUGCCCAAUAACAGCCAUGCAGAAGGAAUCACAAGGAUAUUUAAGUCCAGAGAGCAGCCCCCCUGCAAGCCCCGCCCCAGCAUGCUCACAGCAGCCCGUCAUCCAGCAUAACACCAUCACGACGUCCUCCUCGGUCAGCGAGGUCGUGGGGAGUUCCACCCUCAGUCAGCUCACGACUCACAGAACAGACCUCAAUCCUAUUCUUUAAAGGGCAGUGGUCAAACCUGGCCUCUGAGAAGAGCUGGAACAUGCCAUACAUCCUUUCCUCCAAAGGGCAUUUUUAGAAGUAACUCAGACCUGGAAGACGCCUCAGCCCUUCAAAGACUGGCUUUCAUUUUUAUAGUUAUUAUGGAAAUGUUGUCUUUUAUACUUAGUUAUAUAAGAAAAAGGGAGUUAUGCAAUGAAUAUCUAUCAGCUUGGGAAGCGCGUUGGUGCUUUUCUCCAAUUUUCUGGUACCAGUUUCUUGUUUAUAAACGGAAUCUUUCCUGUAUAUAGCCAUAAUUUCAUUCUUACCAGUCCAACCCUUUGCCUGGAACAACGAAUCUUGUUAAACUACAGCUUUUAGCCAAAAUGAGGUAUACGUAGAUAUCAAGUGAGAUGGAUCCACAGUAACUGGGUGGGAAAUCUGAUGACGUCAUAACUCAUGUUGAGUUUGUGCUGUGACGUCACCAGAAUCUCAGCUAAACACAUGGGCCUUCCUGAAUUUUUUUUCUUGUUAGAAAAAAGAAAUUAUGGUCCAUUGAUGUCCCAAGAAAGCCACCAAGCAUCUCAGGCCCUCUCCUGCUCUUGCCCACUUGCUCAGAUGUCCAGUAUCCUUCUCCAAGACUAUUUCCCUGGAUUCCUUAUUAACUCUUUGUUUGGACUCUCUUCGGUUUUGCCUUUCCACCUUCAGCUUUGCAUGUGAAGAAGAAAAUAAUGUUUAAAGAAGAAGAAAAGCAAAUACUGAAACUGUGGACCUAGCCAUUGCUUCACUUGAGUUUAACCCACAGCUGGAGUUCAUUCAACUCCUGCCUUUCACAAAAAAAAAGUGACCAGGAGAUGUUUAAUGUGCCUGAUUUAACGUUUUUAAUAACCAGAGCAAAUAAAAGGUGGUUUGGU